AUUUAUGACGUAAUUGAUGAACGAACGACUAGGAAAGCAUGGCGAUUGCCUUACAGUUAGUGCAACUGGAUCACCGUUACUGUACGACUGAUUUUAUGUCGCAGAAACAGUUUGGAUUACUAAUUACCACUUUACAGUAUCAAAAGUGGAUCUCACAAUAGUUUGAUAUCUCCAAAGCAAAUAGUUAUGAGUUACGGCAGGCGAAACAUGCUGCCAAAGUCAACUAGCACCUUGUCUAAUACAUCUACAGGAGCUAGCACUGACAAUGAAAGUGCGUUUGGGAAUGACUUAGAUGAGGAAAAGGAUAAGUUUAAAAGAAAAACUCGUAACUUAAGUGAGAAGAAGAGAAGAGAUCAGUUCAACAUGCUGAUUAACGAACUGUGUUCGAUGGUUUCGACCAACAACAGGAAAAUGGACAAAUCGACAGUCUUAAAAUCAACAAUAGCUUUCCUCAGAAAUUACCAAGAGCUUGCUAUGCAGUCUCAGGCUCAUGAAAUUAAAGAAGAUUGGAAACCGUCCUUCUUAUCAAAUGAUGAAUUCACUCAGCUGAUGUUAGAGGCCUUAGACAGCUUUUUACUUGUUUUUACACAACAAGGAAAUAUUCUUUAUGCCUCUGAGAGCAUAACAUCACUUGUUGGCCAUUUACCGACUGAUUUGGUUAAUCGCUCUUUGUACGAUUUUGUCCAUGUUACUGAGAGAACCAGCCUAAAUAAUCUGUUAUUAUCAUAUCAACAAAUAUCUGCCAGUAGUAUACAGGAUUUUGAGAAAGAUGAGAACCAAGUGUCCUUCAUGUGUCAUUUACAAAGAGGCACUGCCAUACCAGCGGCUGUCGUUGUCUACGAAUAUGUGAAGGUUACUGGCAAUUUUAGAAAAUGGACAGAUUGUGCCCCAACAUUUAACGAUGACGGCACGCGGAAAUUUUCCAAAGACUUCAACCAGUCUGUGGCUGAAACUGCCUGCUUUUGUUGUACAGUCCAGCUUCAGCCUUGUCAACUCAUCAGAGAAAUGUCCAAUAUUGAUGAAACAAAGGCAGAAUUCACUUCCAGACACAGCUUUGAAUGGAAAUUUUUAUUUCUCGAUCACAGAGCACCACCCAUUAUUGGUUACCUGCCCUUUGAAGUACUUGGUACGUCAGGCUAUGAUUAUUAUCAUCCAGAUGAUUUAGAAAAACUUUCAAAAUGCCAUGAGCAGUUAAUGCAUGCAGGUGAAGGUACAUCAUGUUUCUACCGGUUUUUAACCAAAGGACAACAGUGGAUUUGGUUAAGAACUCGUUAUUAUAUCACAUAUCACCAGUGGAACUCUAAACCAGAAUUUAUUGUAUGUACUCAUAAAGUUGUCAGUUAUGCUGAUGUUCGACAUCAGAUGAGGAAAGAACUUGGUUUCAGUGAAGAACAAAUAGGACCAGUUGCUAUAGAAUCAGCACCCUCAGAACAGUCUUGCCCAAGUUCUUCAGUUCGUAAAUUGUCACCUACCUGCGUUGACUGGACGGCACUAACUUCUGGAGUACAAAGUUCUUCAAUAUCACCUGGACAAUUAAGAAUAUCGAGUGAUGGAGCAGACACAACAGAGAAACCUCAUUCUACUCUUGAUGAAUUGGCUGUGCCAAGUGUGCUGUCCCAUCAACAAGUGCAUACACAGCCUCCUCAACAGCAGCAACAGCAACAGCAGCAGCAGCAACAACAGCAGUUAUCAGUCCAACAACAGCAACAGCAGCAGCAACAGGUACAGACACAACAACAGCCACUGCAGCAAGUUCAAGCAGUUCAACAACAGCAGCAGCAACAACAACCACAACAGGUGCAAGUGGUACAAGCACAGCAACAGCAGCAGCAACAACAACAGCAACAACAAGUGGUACAAACUCAACCUUCACCUAAUACACAAUACCAGACAUCACAAGCACAGCUUUCACAACAGCAACAGCAAGCACAACAACAACAAGCACAGCAGCAACAACAACAACAAGCACAACAACAGCAAGCACAACAAACAAAACAGGCUCAAGGAGAGCAACAACUCCCUGCAAAACAGGUCCAACAACCACAAUCACAGCAACAACAAGCACAGCAACAACAAGCACAAUCACAACAACAGCAACAACAACAACAACAACAAGCACAAUCACAACAACAACAACAGUCACAACAGCAACAACAACAACAACAACCAUUAGCAACAGUUCCACUUGCCACCUCUCAGAGUCAUCAAAUACAGCAAACAGAUUUAAGUCGUCAGCAAGGUUUGGCUGUUCCAGGAAUGGUUAUGAUGAUGGGUCCCUCUUCUAUUCCGACAACUGACUUGGAAACUGUACAGGUCAAUUCCGACUUAGUAAGGAUUUACACUUCAGAUCAAUUAUCUACAGUGCUUACCCAAGGACAACCUACAUUAGCUGUAUCAGGGAUACCUCUUUCUCAACUUGCCCAAAGUCCUGCUAAUUUGUUCCCCCAGUUGUUUUUAACUCCAGCUCAAAAACAAUUACAUAAACAACUCAAAUUUAAAU